UAUCUAUACAAUGACAAGGCCAUUUUGGUCGUUUCAGAAAGUGGUAUACAGUAAAGCAAAUCUCUGCAACACCUUGUACUCUGAUCUUCUCUUUCAUCUUUCUAGACAAACAUGCCCUUAGUCCACUUUCCCUCUUACCCUUACAUUCCCUCUAAAGACUUUCCCUCCCCAUUAAUGUCCUCUCUAUCUCCUCUUCUCAUCUUCUUCAAAACCCUCUUAAAACCUUACUCUAGUCUUCACACUUCAUAUUUCACUCUCCAAACACCCUCCAAUGGCGGUCUCUUCUUCCUCCUUUGCUCUCACUCUCAUCUUCGUUUUCCUCUCAACCCUGGUGGUCGAUCAUGUAGUUUCACAACCAGUUCUCAAAUCGGACGAGCAAGAAUCGGUUUACCGAGUUCUCGAGUCGAUUAACUCCGACAUCCCCUGGCGCUCUCUCUUCCCCGAUGACCUCUGCACCUCCGCCCCACACGGCGUCGUCUGCGACAUCUUCGUUGACGAAGCCAACAGCAACGCCACCACAGAAACGGUUCACAUCACCGAACUCAAUUUCGGCUACGUUUCCGACUAUUCUCCAAACCCACCAUGCUCGUCCAAGUCUACCAUCAACCCUCUUCUCUCUUCCUUCAAACACCUCCGAAAACUCUUCUUCUACAAGUGUUUCACCGAAACACGAGUUUUUCUGCCUGAUAUUUCGAGUUUCAGAUCUUCUCUAGAAGAGCUCGUCUUCAUAGAAAACCCAUCUCUGGUUGGGUCUCUUGGUGGCGAACUCGGUAACUUGACGAGCCUAAGGAGGUUAGUCUUGACAGGAACGAAUGUUUCUGGGAGUAUAUCAGAUGGGUUUGGCGAUUUAAUAAACUUGGAGCAGAUUACAAUAUCGAGAAAUGGAUUUAUCGGUGGUGAAGUUUCGGAAAAUUUGGGGAAGUUGAAGAAAUUGAGGGUUCUUGAUCUCAGCAACAAUGGGUUUGAAGGGAACGUCCCAGAAUCACUCGGAGGACUAACAGAGCUCUUGAAGCUCGACCUGGGUUGGAAUCGAUUUUCCGGGAAAAUCCCAGAAAGUUUGAGCAAUUUGAAGAGUUUGGAGUUCUUAGACUUGAGUUUUAACAGUUUCGGUAACUAUGGAGUUCCUCUGUUCUUAGCAGAGAUGCCCAGAUUGAGAGAGGUGUAUCUGAGUGGAAACUUACUCGGAGGGCAGAUUCCGGAAAUUUGGGAGAAACUCGGGGGUAUUAUUGGAAUUGGGCUAUCGGGCACCGGACUAGUUGGGAAUAUUCCGGCUUCAAUGGGGGCAUUUCUGAGAAACUUGUGUUAUCUGGGGCUUGACAAUAACACGCUGGAAGGGACAGUACCAGAGGAGUUUGGUUCUUUGGAGUUGCUGAAUGAGGUGAAUUUGGAGAACAACAAUUUGAGUGGAAGGCUUCCAUUUUCUGCUGAUUUUGCCGGUAAAGUUGGGGAAAAGCUAAAGUUGGCUGGGAAUCCACAACUGUGCAUUGACAAGGGUUUGAAGAGGUCUGCUAAAAUCAGUGGCAGUUUGGGGCAAUUGAAAUUGUGCAACAAACCAGCCAUUCCCAAUCCUGUCCUUUUCAAUGGGGUUUCUUCAAUUCUGCAUGCUUCUCACUUGUUGAUGUUUCUAGGGUUUUUGUUUAUCAUUUGUUGAUGUUUCUAAGGUUCUUCUCUUAUCUUAGUAAUUAGAGUGUCAAAACAGAGAGAGAUUAGGCAGAACAGAAGGAACACAUGAUACUAGUACUACUACUGACUUGUUGCAUAUGAAAUUUUUGGGUUGUAGUCAAAUGUAAUGAAAAGGGCACAUAUGUAAUUAAAAGUUGCAAUCAAUGAC